UUUCACUCGCGGAAAGGAGGGGCGCGUGCGCGUGCAUGCGGAUCGCAGGCUCCCUUCAGUGUCGCCAUUGAAGCCGAAGGAAGGAAGCUCUUUCGUUUCCUCCUAUUUUCGCCGCUGUUUUCCUCCCUUUAUCCUGUGAUGUUGAAGCGCGGAGGCAGAUCGAAACAAUGGUUCGGCAUUCAUAACUUUAGCAUUCCGGCUCUGGUUACGUCUGCCGCUCUGAUUCUUUUAGUUCUGGUUAUGCUCUACCGGGGUGGUGAUAAAAAGCCGGUGCCAGUACUGGCACAUCUGAGGCAAAGAUGGAAUAGGUUUGAGUCCUCGGUUCAGUUUCGCCCAGUUGUGGAGUUCAGGAAUGGGACAGAUUUGAUAUCGCAGAUACCCGAUUCUCCAAAAGCGGUGCUGUUUAUAGCUCACGGGUGUAAUGGCAAAGCUAUUAAUUUUUGGGACAGAUCUCCUACUUGCCAGCAAUGCGUUGGCUUGCCUGAAGAAAGACUACUUGUUCUCGAAGGUCUUUCUAGGAAUUUUGCUGUCCUCACCGUCUCCAGCGCGGGAAGAUGCUGGACAAUGGGAAAGGAAAGGUUAAUUGUUAGAGAUAUCGUUCGAUGGUGGGUUGGGAAGAACAAGCUCGAAAAACUUCCUCUUGUGGCUUUAGGGGCAUCCUCUGGUGGUUACUUUGUUUCUGCCCUCGCGUCAAAUUUGAGGUUUAGUAGCAUUGUGCUGAUGAUUGCCGAGGGGAUGUUUGAUCAGAUGGAUGUACCAGAGGAUUAUCCGCCCUCCCUAUUUGUUCACAUGCCCAAGGACACCAAUAGACAGCAGAAGAUAGAUGAAUUCAUGCCAGUUUUGAAGAGUAAGGGGAUCGAUGUUGCUGCAGUUGAAUGUGUGGAGUUUCCUUUGUCGGCGAGUACUUUUGCUGAUAGAAUUCCCGGUGUAGAUGAAAAUGUCUCAGCCAAGUUAUUUGAGCUGUUUCGUAGUAAGGGCUUCAUAGAUGCAAAUGGGUAUAUGAAGAGUGAUGGGCGUGCUACUCACUGGAAGAAGGCUCUCCAGGAGAAUAAGAAUAUAUUGCUGGAUAGGCAACUGGUUAAUCAUGUCCAGGAGGAGUUGAACCUUGCAUUUGCAUAUCAUGAAAUGACGAGCUUGCAGUCCGAGCAGAUAUUUAAGUGGUUUGAGUCUCACAUGAGCUGAUUGUGGCAGCGAUUUUUUCCUUUUGAUAGGGAUGAGCUUUGCAUUGGUGCCGAAGUAUCUAAUGUAUGCUCACCCCCGAUUGCUUCUCAUUCAUACAGCUCCGUACAGACCUUGGCCUGAAAAUAGAAACAGACGCAUAAGUUUCCUUGUUGAGUUUACGGUGUGUAGAAACAUGAAGUAUCGGCACUGGACACUGACUGGAAAGGAAUGCAUAAUUGAUCAGUUCCCGACCACGACAACUGGAACGCAUGCAAAUUUCUCCUCUGUUGGGUGAAAAGUGAUGCUGAAUGUGAAAUCAGAUGCUGUGAAUCAUAUGGUGAUCAACUGAUGUUUUGUUUUGUUUUUCGUGGUAGCUGCCUAUGCGGUACAUCCCUUUGUUCAACUAACUUUCUUGGUCUAGCCUGUUCAUAUCUGAACAGAUUAGUCCUCUUAGCACUUGACUUUGUAAGCUGAUAACUUCUCUUGAGGGGGUCAUACACGCCAAGAAUUGGAUGGUAGUCUUUCCAGAGACAUGAACUGUGAUAUAAUACAUAGUUUUGUGAACUUA